AGCACACGUCCAAUUUUCCAAUGGCUUCCGCUCAGGUUUGCCGCAACUACCUCAAUGGCAACUGUCGCUACGGAAACUCCUGCAAGUUCUAUCAUCCACCAAAGACUGCUCAGAGCAACCAAGCACUUAAGUUACCAUUCCAGUUCACUGAGGACACAAUUCGCAAUGACUUGACCAUCGAACUGCCUCAAUGGAUACUUUCUGUUUAUGGCGCCGCCAAGUAUGAACCCAACCUCAUCUACGAGGGCGAACUCUCGCCCGAGGAACUUAGAUGGAGAAGUGUUCUGUCCUUGAAAGAAGGGAAAGUGCAGGAAUAUGUUAGAGAGGAAGAAACUCUUGUCUCCAAUGCCAAAGCAAAAAUCACCAGCUUAGUCGCCGACCUUUCGGCAACAAAUAAAUUGGCUCAAAAGCUGCAUCAAAUGAGGUUUACCAAUGGACAACAACCCGGAGCCCCUCGCCCAAGAGACUUCUCGGAAACUGCCGUCGUACCAUCUAUGCAGCCUUUGUCCGGUAGUGCACCUUUCGGUGCAAGAUCGAAUGUGUCCGCUUUCGGAGGUGGGAACAAUUCGUCAUUCGGAUCAGGGGGAUCAGCGUUUGGAGCGAUGAAUAGAGCCAACCCAUUCAGCACAGCUGCUGCUGGUGGUGGCACCUCAUCGGGCAGUGCUUUUGGUCAGAGUGCUUUUGGCGCAGGCAAGCCUCAGGCGUUCGGUUCCAGUGCUUUUGGGGGCGGUUCUCAAACCGGCUCUGCCUUUGGCUCAGCUGAUAAACCAACGGUGUCGGGUGGUGGCGCGUUCGGACAAGCCGCAUUUGGCCAAAAAUCUGCUGGGGCACCUGCGUUUGGUACUUCAACUUUCGGCCUCACUAAUUCAUCAACAAAAUCCGCUUUUGGGUCAUCAGCUUUUGGACAAAGCGCGAAGCCUUCAGUCAACGCCUUCGGCUCUUCUGCCCCACAAUCGGCUUUCAAUCAGGACAACAAACCUGUGAAAUCUGCCUUUGGCUCCUCACAAGCACCGUCGGCUUUCGCCUCUACACCACAAACCACAGCUACCCCCAUGCCUGGUACAGCGUUUGGUCAAUCUGCAUUUGGUAACCCUUCAACGAGGACCGCUGCCAACCCAGCCGCUGCUUCGGCAUUUGGUCAAUCUGCUUUUGGGCAAGAAGCAAAGCAAAAUCCAUUCGGAAUGCAGCCUCGAGAGACUGUGGCUUCUGGCUCCGGUUUUGGGCUCAAUCAACCUGCCGCUCCUGCGACGGGCGGUUUUGGCUCUUUCAGCAAUACUGCCCAUACCUCAGCCAAUCCUUUUGGCCAAUCCUCAGUUAUCCCAGUGACUGCUCCUGCGAACGUUUUUAACGAGUCUGCGAACGCUACACAACCUACGUCUCUCAAUUCGUUUGCUGCACCUUCAACGUCGGCGUUUGGAUCGACUUCCGCCUUCGGUGCUGCGCAUUCUUCCAAACCAGCGUUUGGCUUUGCCAAUACUUCCGACAGCAGGUCUGCUGCUAAUGGCUAUUCGGCGUUAAAUUCUGCACUUAAACAGCCGCAACUAUCUGGGCCAGUCCCUCCAGGAUGGUCAUAUGAUGAUCCUUGGACAUGGUGUUUAUAUGGAAAUGCAGGAACAGACAAUGGCGAUAGUCUGGAAGACGAAUUCCUUGAUGCAUUCAAACAAGCGACAUUCACUUUGGGCAAUAUACCCACUAUGCCACCCCCGCUUGAUUUGAGAACAUGAUGAUUAGGAAGGAGUUGGGAAGAUAGCGCCAGGACUGUUUGUGUGUAUAUUAGGUGUAGCAAUAGUAAUAAUACGAAGAACGGGCAUCACAUUCAUUGGUAAUCUGCAUGCUGCUUAUCAGCUUGAUUUCAAACAUUGAUAGGAACAAAAAAGGACUUGACGAAAUGAAGGCGGGUGGUA